UCCAGUUCCUGUUGUAUUUCCAACAAAUGGUGAUCCAUCUCCAAAUCCAAUUCCUGUUGUAACAACAAAUGGUGAUCCAUCUCCAAAUCCAGUUCCUGUUGUAUAUCCAUUAAAUGGUGGUCCAUCUCCGCCUCCAUCCCCACCUCAUCCUCCACCUCCAUCUUCUGCUGUUGUUGUUGCUCCAUUUCCAUCUCCAUCUCCAUCUCCAUCUCCUGCUGUUUUUUCACCAGCAAAUUCUACUCAAAAGAAAUCAAGGCAACUAAUAAUAAUCAUACUUGGGUCCAGUCUCGGAGCUUUAUCUUUUGUGGUUGCCUUUUGCUUUUUCCUUUAUAGUAAAAAAGGAGAAUCCAAGGCACUUGAUGAGUUCUAUGUCGAUCAAAUACUUGGGAUGCCUACCAGAUUCUCUUACAAAGACUUGAGAGCCAUGACAUGCAAUUUCAACAAUCAGCUCGGGAAAGGAGGAUUUGGGUCAGUGUUUCAAAGGAAAUUAAGCGAUGGCGCCAAAAUAGCAGUCAAGCGUCUCAAUGGUUUUGAUCAUAUUAAGAAGUCAUUCUUAGCUGAAGUUGAGACAAUAGGCAACAUUCACCAUGUCAAUUUGGUAAGAUUAAUGGGAUUUUGUGCUGAAAAAUCAUAUCGUAUUCUAGUUUACGAGUAUAUGUCCAACGGAUCCUUGGAUACAUGGAUCUUCCACAGGCACCAAGACUGCACUCUUGGGUGGCAAUCCAGAAAGAAGAUCAUCACAAAUAUAGCGAAGGGACUAACCUAUCUCCAUGAGGAAUGCAGGCAGAAAAUAUUUCACCUAGAUAUCAAACCCCAAAACAUCCUCUUAGAUGGACAGUUCAAUGCGAAAAUUUCUGAUUUUGGAUUGUCAAAACUAAUUGAUAAGGACCAAAGCCAAGUUGUAACAAUGAUGAAGGGAAUACCAGACUAUUUGGCUCCUGAAUGGGUGAACUCAAUUAUCACUGAGAAAGUAGAUGUCUAUGGCUUUGCUGUCGUGGUCUUGGAAAUGUUGUGUGGGCGCAAAAAUUUAGAUAGGUCUUCGCCUGAGGAAGAUAUGCAUUUACUAAGUCUAUUUAAGAGGAAAGUAGAAGCGGAACAACUUCUGGAUAUCGUUGAUAAAUACAAUGAUGACAUGCAGAUACGUAGAGAAGAAGUUGUGGAGAUGAUGAGGGUUGCUGUGUGGUGUAUACAAAGUGAUUUUUCUAGGAGGCCUUCAAUGUCAGUGGUGGUUAAGGUCUUGGAGGGUUCUGUAGAAGUUGAAAAUAAUUUGGAUUAUAACUUCAUAACUCCUGUGGUACGAAGAGCAAUCAGAGUUGCUGGAAACCAAGAGGAUGCCAUUGGUGUUGUUGCUAGCCCAUUAUUUCCAUCAGUUUUAUCAGGACUAAGAUAAAGCAAGUAGUUUUCAACAAACAAAUUACAGUUGAUUGUUUUUUUUUUUU